GUGAAUGAUUGUAUCACGCGUACAAAUAGUGGGACAUGUCCCUUACGUGCCGGGACACUCUUAUAUAUUAUUUUAUACGGAUUAACCGUAUGGUACAAUUACACCUUUCAUAAAGAGGGAUCUUUACGUAUCAUUGACUUUUUGAAAGCUUGACAUUUUUAACACCCGUGUUUUUUUCCUGUUAUAGUGUGUGUGUGUGUGUGUGUAGUGAGAAAAAAGUAAAUAUACUUGCUUGCGCAGACUGCACUGUUUUUUUUCCAAGCAUAGUUACCAUACACCACACAAUUUAUCGCCAGAUGUUUUUAAUUUCUUUUUCUUUUUUCUAUCCAUCCGUUCUUUCGGUCAAUGUGCUCUUAUUAUAUUCCACGUUGUGGUUGAAGCCGAGUAGCUAUGGCGGCUCAGUGCCGUAUCUCUUUCACCAUUCUUUUUUUACUUCCAUUUCUCGAGUCGUGCUGCUUUCUUAACGUCCUGCCAAGGUCGUAUUGCACAAUAGUCUUCCCGGCGCUAUGCGGCGAGGAGGAGAAAGAGAGAGAGAAGGUCACGGUCUCACAGUUUCCCUCCGCCACAAAGCCGUCACCCUCUCUCGUUUCCUCCGUAUCUUGCCAACACCGCUCAGACGUGCACAUAUGUAGCGGUGGCUUAUCACACAGCUCUUGUAAGCAACCAGAGACUGACGCUUAAUAGAAGUCCGAUGUGUUCGUUGUCUACGCUAUAGUUUGAAAGCUGUGAGAAAGUGUGUGCUAUUAAAGCUUAGAGGUAACUUCAGUGUUGUACCUACAAACGAGAACUUGUGUGGUCAGAGUCUUCGGAGACAUAUAUAUCCAUGCUGACCACGUUCGUCGCGCUCUUCGCGCUCACGGCGACGCUUCUGUUUUGGUGGCUGCGAAGGACAUUCACCUUUUGGAAGGACAAGGGAAUAGCGCACCUUACCUUUUCUCAGUACAUGCGCUUCCUCUACGAUCUUUACACUAAGCCCGUGAACAAAGUGAUCAUCAGUUCCUACACCCAAUACGGCCGUGUGUACGGGAUAGCACCAACUCUUGUGGUUGGAGAUCCAGACAUCUUGCGCGAAGUGAUGGUCACCAAAUUCAAGAACUUCCCGGACAGAUCGUUAGCUCAGAGCGUGGGAACCGAAGUUUGGAAGAAGUCCAUCAUGAACGUGUCCGGUGAGGAAUGGAAGAAAGCACGAACGAUCUUUACUCCUGCGCUCACCGCCACCAGGCUGAAGACGAUCUUGAAGAAGGCGAAAUGCGUUGUUGGAAAGAUGACGUCACGAGUCAAGGAUGCGGCAGCUCAUAAUAAGCCCGUGGACUUCAGUGGGCUCGCCACACACACGGCACUCGACAUCACGGCUGCUUUGAACUACAGUAUUGAUAUCAACAGCGAGAAUGACACCAACCAUCCUAUCUUGAAAUCUCUUGAGUGUAUCUAUAUGAAUGCGGGUGGCUGGAGAGCACUGAUGUUAUUUCUCAUGCCAAGUUUCUGCAAGAUUCUGAAACCUGAUUAUCCUCCGAAGUCAUCCACCGAUUUGUUCAAGGCGUUUGUCUCGCUCUUGAUUGAAGAUCGGAAGUCAAAGAACAAGGUAGAAGACGACUUCCUUCAAAUCUUUAUGGACGCUGACUACAGCUGGGAAGAUAAUUCACAGAAAAAGCCCGAGAACGCUACAGCAAACAAAAUGUCACUGGAAGAAAUAACUGCCCAGGGUUUGGUAUUCUUCGUUGCCGGCGUGGAGACAGUCUCGACGGCGCUUAGUACUACCACUUACUACCUAGCCCUCAAUCCAGAAUGCCAAGACAGAGUCAUUGAGGAAGUAGACAAGGCCACCUCGGAGGGAGAAGUCACCUACGAUUCUCUGCAGGAGAUGCCUUAUCUCGAAGCUUGCUUCAAGGAGGCGUUGAGACUUUGCACUCCCGACUCGAUAACCAUGCGUCUCUGCACGGAAGAAACUAUAGUGGCGGGCAUCCACUUCAAGCCAGGAAUGAGCGUCGACAUUCCCUUGGCUGGAAUCCACCACGAUCCGGAGUACUUUCCUGAACCGGAGAAUUUCAAUCCAGACAGGUUCAUGCCGGAGAACAAGGACUCCAUAAGACCGUUCACAUACUUGCCUUUUGGAGCCGGUCCACGCAACUGUGUCGGCAUGCGUCUCGCUAUGAUUCAAGCCAAGACAACUCUCGCUUCUCUGCUUCAGCACGUUAGGUUUGAGACGUGCCCUGAAACAAUGAUUCCCCUGAAGUUGAAACCGGCACAAGUGUCUCCUUUUUUCGACGGUCCAUUGCUUCUGCGGCCAGUGACGCGUCAGCCCUCGGCAAACAACGUUUCCGGAUGAUCUCGAAUGUGUCUUACACAAAAAGCGUGAUUUCUCAUUGUUUACUGAAAAGAAGUUCUUGCUAGGCAAA